CUGUACUAACAGUAAGUUUCCUUUCCUAUGAUGUGUGUUAGAGAAUAAGCAGGUGCUGAUAACGCGCUGGUCACACGUGCAGUGAACAACAGACCUCUCUUCUAGUGAUGUGUCAUGCGCAAAAGAUGCGGCUCUGAGAGCCGAUGCUUUGUAGUGAAUCAGAAGAGCCGGCUCGCAUCGAGUGAGAGCCGGCUCCCAGUUUUUUUCCUUUCGCGGCUUACCUCAAGGCAGAACUUUGUUUUGAUUGGUCAGCAAUCGCAUCGCGGCCAAUCAGAUGUGAGGAUAUGGGAUCAUACCAUUAUGUAAAAACAGAGAGGGGGGUGAAGUUAAGCGGCACUCCACUGCAAGUUAACGAGUCGUAACAACGUUAAUAACGACACUGUCUGUCAGAUAGCGGUGAGGAGAGUGUGUGAGUUGGCGUAUUUGAAACUAUGAGUGACACCCGAAAGAGAAGCAGCAUCUGGCUCCAGUUUAAAGACGAUGGAAACAACAAAGCAGAGUGCAUUCACUGCAAGAUGAAAAUUACUUUAAGAGCAGGUUCCACCACAAACCUGCAUAGACAUGUGAGAACUGUCCAUCCUACAGUGCAGUUAGAGGAGAGAGGGCAAGCUAGCACACCAUCUACAGAUCCUGGUUUGUCUCAUCCCCAAAAAACAGCAACUGCAGCAGCAUCUACUGGCUUCCACACACAUGCAGUUUCCUGCUUUUCCUCUGAGUUUAAUUUGGAUGGAGAUUACUUAUUGGGUGGCUUUUUUCCAGUGCACGAAAUUCAACAUGCAACAGCCCUUUCCUCCCCGGAAGCCAUUGAAUGUUAUAGGCACACUCUGUCAAAAUCUGGCUAUCGGAUGUUUCAAGUAAUGAGGUUUGCUGUUGAGGAGAUUAAUAACUCCACUACCCUGCUGCCUAAUGUUUUUCUAGGCUACGAGAUUGUUGACCAUUGUUCUGACACUCUGAAUUUCCCAUCAGUCUUGAGUUUCAUCUCACAGAAUGGAUCAAUAAAACCUCAAGAAAAACUCAACAGCCAUCAGCCUAAAGUAAUUGCUUUAACAGGACCAUAUGGAAGCACAAGAACUAUUACAAUUGCGUCUUUGGUCACAAUGGACCUUAUACCAAUGGUAAACUAUGGUGCUUCUAGUUAUGCACUAAGCAAUAAGCUUCAGUAUCCCUCUUUUUUUAGAACAAUCCCUAGCAACAAAGACUUGAUACAGAUGAUUAUUCACAUCAUACAGUGGUUUGGAUGGAACUGGGUUGCUUUUCUUGGAGGUCCAGACAAUUACAGUGAAGAUGGCCUACAGCUGUUUAACAGUUAUAUUGAAGAUACUGGCAUUUGUUUGGCCUUUCAAGAGCUUCUGAGUCAAAGUUCGAACUACAGUCUAACUCUUCAAAUGAUUAAUAGGCUCAACAUCAAUGUCAUUGUGGUUUUCACUGGGUCACAAUAUGCAAAGAACAUAAUCAAAGCAGCCAUAGCAAACAACAUCCGAGACAAAGUCUGGAUUGCAAGUGAAACAUGGUCUAUGAAUCAACAGCUUCCAAAAGAGCCGGGAGUUGAGAACAUUGGAACAAUUAUUGGCAUUACAGAGAGAAUUUUAUCAUUGCCUGGAUUUAAUGAAUUCAUAAAUAAAGCCAAAGGAACACGUAAGAUUUAUACUAAUGAUAACAUUGAGAGUGAAAUCCAGAUGAAGACAUGUAAUCAAUAUUGUGACAACUGCUCAUUGUUGACCGCCGAGGAAAUUGUAAAUGAAGAUCCCACAUUCUCCUUUGCCAUCUACUCUGCCAUAUAUUCCAUAGCUCAUGCAUUACAUAAAGUUCUUCAGUGUGACAUCAAUGAAUGCAGAACAGACAUAACAGUUAAACCAUAUAUGCUUCUGGAAGAAAUGAAGAAGUUGGAUUUUCCUCUCAAUGGUCGUCAGGUGAAAUAUGAUGUUAAUGGUGAUCCAGCUGUCAGUUAUGCAGUCGUGCUGUGGCAUAGUGAAACAAAAACGCCCUGGAUUCAGGUGGUUGGCACUUACGACACAUUUCCUGAAACCAUUUUUGCCAUCAACAACUCUCUCAUGCCCUGGCAUAACAAUACUGCUGUGCCUUUCUCAAACUGCUCUGUUGAGUGUAAGGAGGGGUUCUCAAGAGAACGUGUGGGAUAUCAUGACUGUUGCUUUCUCUGUAAGAAAUGCCCACAAAACAGCUAUUUGAAUUCUUCUCGGGACCCUUAUGUCUGUCUUCCAUGUGCUGAGAGUGAAUGGUCAGAAGAGGGCAGCACGACAUGUACGGCACGUUCUGUCGUCUAUCUUGAGAUCACAGACAUCACGUCUGUUGCAGUUAUAACUUCAGCCACACUUCUGAUGAGUGUCUUCAUUGCAAUCUUUUGUCUUUUCGCCUGCAAUUACAACACGCCAGUGGUUAGGUCUGCUGGUGGCAACAUGUGUUUUCUCAUGCUGGCGUGUUUGAUUAUGUCUACCACAAGCGUGUUCUUUUUCUUUGGACAACCCACAGCAGUCAAUUGUAUCCUGAGGAGCUUGACAUUUUCUUUUUUCUUCACAAUCUGUCUCUCAUGUUUGACUGUCCGUUCCUUUCAAAUUGUUUGUAUCUUCAAGAUGGCUGCCAAGUUCCCUAAAUUACACAGCUUGUGGGUAAAGCACAGUGGCCAGUGGCUCUUUGUUGCAUCCUUUUCUGUCAUUCAUUUAUUUUUAUGUAUGCUGUGGGUGACUGUCUCAGCUCCCAAACCGUUUCAAGACUCUUUUUCUUUUAAAGACCAGUCUGUUCUCAGCUGUGAAAAGGGGCUCUCUGUUGCCUUGGCAAUUGUUGUAUUCAUAGGUUGGUUUCUUGGUUUCCUAUGCGUAUUGUUUUCUUACAUGGGAAGAGAUCUGCCGAAAAAUUACAAUGAGGCCAAAUCAAUAACUUUCGGUAUCAUUUUGUACUAUGUGAUCUGGAUAGUAUACAUCACAGCUCUCCUUCUUAUCAAAAGCAAAUACGUGCAGCUUUUUAAUGCAAUAACUCAGCUGUCCAGUGUAUAUGCAAUUCUCUUUAGUUAUUUCAUACCGAAAUCUUUCAUCAUGCUAUUUCAACCGGAGAAGAACACUGCUGCGUACUUUCAAACAUCUAUUCAAAGCUACACCCAAACCAUUAGUAGGAAUUAA